GUUGAACUCGUGCCAUUGUAGUGACUCAUCUCGGGCAGAGCGCUGGGUCUCCGAGCGAACCAGCGAGCAAGCAAGCGGCGCUCGGCGGGGACUGAGAGAGGGAGAGAGAGAGGCGCGGACGGGCGAGGCGGGCCCGUCCGGGAGCGGGCGCCGGGGAAGGGGUGCAGGUCUGGGCGCCGGAGCCGCGGCACGCGGAGCGGGACCGCGUCCCUCUCCGCGCCGGCUCGGCUGAAACCACACGGGGCGCGAGCCGGGCGCAGGCUGCCUUCUUCUCCUAGUCAACUGUCCGAGCCGCUCGAAACUCCGGCGACGAGUCGGCCACAGGAAGUUUAUUCUCAGCUCCUUUUCUAAAAGGAGGAAAUAGAAGUUUCUCCAAGCGGGCAGCCUUUCUUUUCGCCCCCACUCUUUUUUUUUUUUUUUUUUGCCCUGAAAUCGGGGCCCCCUAGACCUGCAGGCUUGACUCGCCGGGCUACUAUUCUUUUUUAAUUUCCAUUUUUUGAUUGAGCCGGCGGUCCCGCUGGGCUCCGAUUGCGCGCGGGGGCAGGAGGGCGCGCUCGGGGGAGGGACCGAGGGACGUGCGGACUUUUUAGAGGGAGGGACCGGGUGGACAACUGGUCCCGCGGCGCUCAUAGAGCAGGAAAGAAGUUCAGCGCUCGGCGCUCGGGGGUCACUGUUCCCGGGGUGUCGCCGCCGAGCGAGAGAAGCCCGGGAGCGAAGACUAGAGGCGCGGCCGGCAGGGAGCGAGAGCGCAGCAGCCGGUGCGCGGCCGCGGCGAGGGCGGGGGAAGAAAAACACCCUGUUUCCUCUCGGGCCCCCACCGCGGAUCAUGUACCAGGAUUAUCCCGGGAACUUUGACACCUCGUCCCGGGGCAGCAGCGGCUCUCCUGCGCACGCCGAGUCCUACUCCAGCGGCGGCGGCGGCCAGCAGAAAUUCCGGGUAGAUAUGCCUGGCUCAGGCAGUGCCUUCAUCCCCACCAUCAACGCCAUCACGACCAGCCAGGACCUGCAGUGGAUGGUGCAGCCCACGGUGAUCACCUCCAUGUCCAACCCAUACCCCCGCUCGCACCCCUACAGCCCCAUUCCGGGCCUGGCCUCUGUACCCGGACAUAUGGCCCUCCCAAGACCCGGCGUGAUCAAGACCAUUGGCACCACCGUGGGCCGUAGGAGGAGAGAUGAGCAGCUGUCCCCUGAAGAGGAAGAGAAGCGUCGAAUCCGGAGGGAGAGGAACAAGCUGGCGGCAGCCAAGUGCAGGAACCGUCGCCGGGAGCUGACAGAGAAGCUGCAGGCGGAGACGGAGGAGCUGGAGGAGGAGAAGUCAGGCCUGCAGAAGGAGAUUGCCGAGCUGCAGAAGGAGAAGGAGAAGCUGGAGUUCAUGCUGGUGGCCCACGGGCCUGUGUGCAAGAUCAGCCCCGAGGAGCGCCGGUCUCCCCCAGCCUCCGGGCUGCAGCCCCUGCGCAGCGGGAGCAGCGGAGGAGUGGGUGCCGUGGUGGUGAAGCAGGAGCCCCCGGAAGAGGAUAGCCCCUCGUCCUCGUCGGCAGGGCUGGACAAGUCCCAGCGCUCCGUGAUCAAGCCCAUCAGCAUUGCUGGGGGCUUCUAUGGGGAGGAGCCCUUGCACACCCCUAUUGUGGUGACCUCCACUCCUGCCAUCACUCCAGGCACCUCGAACCUCGUCUUCACCUACCCCAGCGUCCUGGAGCAGGAGUCGCCCGCUUCACCCUCCGAGUCCUGCUCCAAGGCCCACCGCAGAAGCAGUAGCAGUGGGGACCAGUCAUCAGACUCCUUGAACUCCCCAACUCUGCUGGCUCUGUAACCCAGCUCCCAGAGGGGUCCUCGUCACUGCCUCCUUCCCAGGGACCAGCACCUUCUAGCACUCCAGGGCCGUGAGAGCAAGAGGGGGAACCUGCUGGAGAGCUUCCUGGCUCUGGGAGACCCAAGGGGAUUUGGUGGUGAGGCGUUGGAGGACUUGGAUGAUCACCUGAAAGUCAUGGGACCUCCUCCCUUGUUCAUCUGGCAAAGCAAAUCCUGUUUCUUGAAAAGCCUUGGAGAACUUCGUUUGGUGGACUCCGGCAUCUCUCUGGCUUCUGAAGAGCUUGAAGCUGGUGUGGACCGUUCCUGUCCCUUUGUUACGACAUGUCUCUGGAGUGAUGGUGUCCUUCCCCGCCCCACCAAGCAUGCUCAGUGCCUUUUGGUUUCACCUUCCCUCUAUUUGCCCCUUCCUUCCCCCAGUGUCAAUUUUACUUCCUCUUGGUUUUUAUCAAAUUCACCAUGACAUUUCAUCUGGGUGGUCUGAAUAUUAAAGCUCUUCAUUUCUGGAGAUGGGGCAGCAAGUGACUCUUCUGCUGGGGCUGGCUUGUCCAGAAGGGGACAGUCAAUGUGCAAUACAGAACCUUCCCUCCCCUGAAACUCCCCAGCCCACCACCAUCUCCAGAACCAGCAGCAGGGCUCCAUGAGCUCUCACAGAGAUGCUGCCAUCACGGAGGCUUGGAGGACCCUCCCUCCCCAUCCUCAGACAUGGCCUUUGGAGGAGCGGCUUGGCCAGAAGACAGGGUAUGAGUGAGACAGCUCGGGCACAGAUUGGGUUUGCCAAACGCCUAAUUACGAGGCGAGGAAUAGUGCCAACAAGCCACAAGGGUGUCCUAGCCAGCUUCCCUUCACCCGGCAUCUUGAGUAAGACGUCUCCUGUAAUUACUGCCCUGCCAUUCUGCCCCUGGACCCUUCUCUCCAGACCAAGGAGGCACCCCUAGGAACCUCACAUCACUCCCAAGUCCCUGCAGGCUCCGCCCUCCCCCACCCUGCAUCUCAGGGUGACGCCACCCAUGGAGGUUUAAUGAGCGUUGGCCUGGCCCCUCCCCAGAUUGCUGCUGUGUGGCCCCUCCCCAGGCCUCAGAGGCGCCUCUGCUAUGGAUGGAAAGGCAGGGGGAGGAAGGAGGGAGGCAGCUGGAGUGGGGAUCGCCUCGCAGCAGCCCCAGUACCUGCUUCUCGCCUCUCAGUGAGGUGCCAGGCCUUUUCUACCCUCUGUGGUCACCUGCUGCCUGAUGGAUCUAGUGCUUUCUCUCUUACACUCCCCUGCUGCCUCGUCCCCCUGUGCUCCUCAGGUCCGUCAGCCAGCUGUGAGCAGCUGGCCCAGAGCUGUCGCUGUGGCUUGCAGCUUAUGCGCCAUUCCUGGGGGCUGCUGAAAUCAGAGAUGAGAUGUGUUGCUUCCCACUGCCAGCAAGCUGCCCCCUUCCCAUGGCUUGGGGGGUGAGGAAGGGGGUCUUCCUGCCUCCCCAAGAGCACAGCUUGGCAGAGUUCAGCGUGGUCCCUGCCCCUCACCUCUCUGAGCCCUUUUCUCCCCAGGGCAUAGCUCCCACCCAUCUUCCAGGAUUGGCCUCUGCUGGGCUAGUGCUCUGAGGGAGACCUCGCUGUUGUGGUUCAUCUCUAGAGAUCAUCGUGUGAUAACUUAAAAAUAUAUGGAUAUUCUUUUAAAUCAACCUAGUGGGGAUUAAAUCUCAAAGUUGGACUCAGGAGAGAGGGAGAAAGAGUGACACAGUUGCUCACCUGUUCCUUCAACAGCCAGGCCUCUCACUCUGGCUGUUGUUUAAUGUCCAUCAUCCACUUACUGAGCACUAGCCACAGAAUGGAACAGCUGUAUGCCUGAAAUAUGCAGCCAGCUAUGACUGGAAGUGACAUGUGGAGGGACAGGGCACACAGAGAGAGGAGGCUGAAAGAUAAAGGAAGGAUCUGUUCCCAGAUGCUUUAACGAUGUUAUUUCCCACAUUCCUUGGCUGUGAUGCUGCCCUCCCAGUUUCCCAGAGGUUCUGGGAGCAGCGCUCCUGUUAAGAUUGGGCAGUUGGGUUUCUGGCUUCACAUUAAUCAAAGCAGCCAGGAGACAGGCGAAGAGAACGGGGAUGCGCUCAGCUCUGAAAGGCUUAAUCAUCUCAAGUGGUGUUUGUGGCCAACUGGGAGCUAUUUGCUUCUUUUUGCAUAAAUAUAUAUAUAUAUAUAUAUAUAUAUAUAUAUAUAUAUAUAUAUAUAUAUAUUUCUUAAAUGAAGCUGCUUUCUGGUGUUUUAUUUCUCAAAAUCCCUUUGUGCCCCUCUUUGCACUGAUCCCAAGGCAGCUCCUGAUCUGUGACUUGGGGCCAGGCUGUAAUGCUCUUGAGAUGGAGUUUGGCUUUCGUUCAGAUUUCAGUUCUGUGUUGGCUUUGGGACCAGCAGAAAGCAAAAAAUCCGGCUGCCCCGCAGGACUUUCGAGGCCUCCAAGCUGUGUUUCUAUUCAGGACCCUCUGGCUUUGUUCUGGGAGGUAGUUUGGUUUCUCCAAAGCCAGAGGUUAUCGGGGAAGGCUGAAUAUUCACACCUGACUCACAGUUACAUGUCCUCAGUUACUUCUGGCUGGUUCUGCAAGUUCAUGCCGGACACCAGGCCCGCCGCCUCCUCCCCCGUAGAGCUGGCUCAGGGAGCAGCUGCAGCGGGCCUUUGUGCCUGGGCUGGGAACCGCUGUGUUUUCCCCGUGUCCCCAGCCGUGAGGCAGCUGGUGCGGACUCCAGCUGGGCUGCAGGCAGCUCUGGGAUGGCACAGGGCAGGCACUCCUUGACAGGCUGCUGUGAAACACACGGUCCCCUUGGCGCCCUGGCCGGCCUCUCUGGGACUAGUCCUCUUCCUGACCGGGUGGGUGGGAUAGCUGCUGACACAGGAAAGAGGAGAUCCCAGGUGAAGCUUAGGAAAUCACCAGAGCCAACUCGGAUUCACUGGGGAAGUUUUCGGAAAGAAAUCGUUGUUCCGCUUGUGAGAAAGGCCUGGUGUGUCCACCAUGGGCAGUCCCACAGCAUCUCAAAGCCAAGGGCCGUCAGCGGCUGUUGCUUCCCUUUCUCAGGCUUUGGGGAAGGGAGUCUCCUCUGCUCCCGCUUGGCUCCAUUUUAAGGAGGAGCUCAACAUGGAGGCAUUGGGUCUUUUCUCCCCCUUUCCUUGAUGGACCAGUAGUGCUCCUUGCAAUCUCACCUUUUAGCUUCCAGGUUGAUUUCCUUCCCGGAUCAGACAUCCACGUGGCCUCUUUAAGAAGCAAAGAAUAGCACCUACUAUGUGCCGGGCCCUGCGUUAGGCACUUUUAUACAUAUACCCUCUUUAGAAUGAGACUAAGUGAUGAGGACUUCCCUCAUUAAAGGCUCCCAUGUAAGGGAUACACAAAAGCACUUGGAGGUGAGAAGGUCUUUCUCCAAAGAUCCAAGGCAAGAUUGCCUUUGGUCCGAGGUUUGUUCUCAAAGACCCACCCCUUACAAUAUCCUCCCAUCUCUCAACUUCUUUGCCCUGGGAUUUGCUCCUUUGCAUUCUUCAGAUGGUUGGAGGGGUAACCUGAGUCCUUAUAGAAUUUGUGGACCAAUAGGAUAUGUGGUGUGUGUACCUUUCUUUCGAAAACUGAAGUAAAGGUAUCUUGCUACUUUCUGCUUGUUGAGUCUUCUUGGCAUUCAUCUUAAAAGCCAGCAUCUCACUAUUUAUUGACAAGUUCUGUGUGUGUGUGUGUGUGUGUGUGUGUGUGUGUGUACAUUUCUAGGUGUUUCUAGGCCCAUGUCCUCCUGCAGCUUUUAAAAAAGAAACCCAGUCAUCCCACUACUAAAUUGACACCUUCUCAUGCUUCUAGUAUUUUGGCCAUACAUCAACAGAGGGUUUUAAUUUUCCAAUGCUGACAUGUUCAGGAGGAGCUGGGUCAAAUUUUGAGCGGGGUAUGGGAACAGGAGGCGGAGAAGAAAUUGACGUUUAUUUUAUUAUUUAUUUUAAAUGUUUACAUCUUUGUGUUGUACCAUGCCCAAAUAGAAAAAGAUAGCAUUAAAAUGCUCAGUUCCUCUCUCCCUCUCUUUCUUCUUUACAAUUUUAAAAAAAAUUUAGGCUAAUGAUGCUUUUUGUUUGUUUCUAAAAUGAUUUGUGACUUGUGCUGUAUAAACUGUAUAAAAAGGUUCUGUUUUUAAAGAUGGACUGUCAUUCCUUUGGGGACAGUAGUCACCAAGAAGUCUACAUUGUAAGAGAACAUAAGGAAAGAUCCUGCCCUGUUCCUCAAAAAUUGUUUUCUCUGUAUGAUUAAAAGUUUAUUCCAUUUA